AUGGCGUCGUCUUCAUCAAUCAAGGUUGAAGGUCUCUUAGGUAUGGUUACUAUUCGUCUUGGUGAUGACAACUUUCUUAAGUGGAGUUUUCAGAUUGAAUCUCUGCUCCAAGGCUAUGAUCUUUUUGGCCAUUUUGACGGCUCGUUUGUUCCUCCCCCAAAAAUUGCGAUUCUUGAUGAGAUUGACGUUACUUCAGAGGUCACGGCUGCUUAUAGGGAUUGGUUGCAUACUGAUAAGUCUCUCUUGAUUUUUCUGAUUGCCACUCUCUCUGAUGAGGCAUUAGAAUUUUUCAUUGGCAGCAAGACCGCUCGUGGGGCAUGA